AGUCCCGACUCCCGAACGCAAAUUGAGCUCAUUCGGCUCGGCUCAGAGGGACGUGAGCUGGCGUGCGUGAAACGCACGAACCGUUAAGAGUGUUGGUACCUAUCUAUCACUGCUCGCGUUCUUCUGAUUAGCAGUCGUUUGUUGCCUCGGCCUGGACUUGUGGAGGUUGAAGACUGGGAAGGUUUCCGAAAUGAAAAUGAUGGAUAGUGACAAAAUGGUUCAAAAAUAAAGAGCGAUUGGGAACGAAAACACAAGGGAAGCAGAGAACGAAACAGUGAUACUCGUCUUCCAUCUCUCGACGUCGUACAUCUCCAAAAUGGCUGACUCCAUUGCUGAGGAUUCUGGUUCCGGUUCUGUCGCUCCUGAUUAUGCUGAGAUUAUUGUGGUGCGGCACGGAGAAACGGCGUGGAAUGCCGAUGGAAGAAUUCAGGGACACCUCGAUGCUGAACUAAAUGACGUUGGGAGACAGCAAGCAGCCGCAGUUGCUGAUCGGCUUUCUAAGGAAUCUAAAAUCUCUGCUGUAUACUCAUCUGAUCUGAAGCGAGCCCUUGAAACAGCACAGACAAUUGCAAGGCACUGUGGUCCUCUGGAGGUUAUAGAAGAUCGUGAGCUGAGGGAAAGGCAUCUUGGAGAUCUUCAAGGAUUAGUGUUGCGUGAAGCAGCCAAAGUUAAGCCAAAGGCUUAUCAAGCAUUUAUAUCUGCUCGAACAGACCAAGAACUACCAGGUGGUGGAGAAAGUCUCGAUCAACUUCAUCAGCGAUGCACAUCUGCGUUGCAAAGAAUUGGUAGGAAACAUAAAGGAGAGAGAGUGGUGGUUGUCACUCAUGGGGGUGUUAUAAGAACACUCUACAAGCAAGUUGUGCCAAAGGGAAAAUCUCCUGGAAAGAUACUGAAUACUUCUGUUAACAUAUUUCAGUUGUCUGAUGGUGAGGAUUGGAACAUUAAAUCAUGGGGCGAUGUGAGCCAUGUCAGCAAAACUGGGUUUCUUGAGACGGCCUUUGGAGGUGACAAGACUUCAGGCUAAUAAAUAAUAUUAUGAAUUCUCUCCUGUCUGCAGCCAUUUGAUUUGAAGUGGCACAAAAUCGUUUUAGUGUGCUUUUGUAGAAUGGCCAGCAAGCAGUUUUACUUGGAUUUGACUAUUAAUUAAUUGGCUGUUGCAGAAAUUAUAUACCAUGUUUACAAUAUAAUAUCUGGUAAAAUAUUCAGAUCCCAAAUUUUUUUUCUACACAUUUUUAAUAUUGUUGAAACAUACUGCUAGUAAAAAUAUCAUUAUGGAAAGGGAAGUUGUGUCUGUUUAUUGUCCAAACCCUUCAAGAAUGCACUGGUUUCCUGAGUGUCCUUUGGCUCAAUUGGUCUUGCUUUUGCUCUCCUUGUAUUCCUCAGAACUGGAUGUAUCUUCUGGAAACAUUUUAUGAUAGGUUUUCUUCAUGUGUCUUAUAACCA